UGAGAAUGAUAAUGUUGAAGCCGAGGUCGAUGUAUUAUUACCAGAGAAAUCAACAAAUGAGAAUGAUAAUGUAACUUCUGAUGUUUUAUUAACAUCAAACUCUGUAAUCGAAGUAAAUAAUGAUCUCGAAGCCGAGUAUGAGGUUCUUAAGGUUUAA